AGCUCAAUUUGUUUCUGGGUUUUGGGUGCGUUUGGCGAUGUUUUUGGGUUUUGGUUUUGAUCUGGAUCUCCUUUUAUGAGAGAGGGAGAGAGAGAGAGAGAGAGAGAGAUUAGAUCUCUCUAUAGAGUCGGUCUCCUUGAGGAGGGCGAAGUAGAAGGAGAAAAGGGUGGCGCGAGGAUUUGGGCGAGAAAUGGGAUGUGAAAAGAUUCGAUAAGCGCUUGGAUUUCCGUGUGGCUGUAAUUCUGUCAAAAAAUCAUGGCACAAGAAGAGCAGCAGCGGUGCAGCAAUAGCAGCAGCGGCGGUGGUGGCGGCAGCAGCAUUGGAGGAGGGAGAUCGUGUAAAAAGCUCAAGCAGAAGAAAAUCCCACAGCGCGGCCUUGGUGUUGCUCAAUUAGAGAAGAUCCGCUUGGAAGAGCUGCAGAAGAAGGAUGCUGCAGCAGCUGCCGCAGGGUCGCCGCAUUUCCUUGUCCCUCUUCCGCAUCAUCCGCCUUGUCUAUCUGAUCUUCCUUCGCCCAAUUCCAUCUUUAAGACGUCCGUUCCAUUCUCGAACCUUGAUCUCAUUGGCCCACCUCCUGUUCCGCCUUAUGCAUGCGACGGUGGUGGCAGCGGAGGAGGAAGAGGAGGACAUGGAUUUUUGCCGGUUGCGUGGAAUGGAUUGGAUGCGGACAAAGCCAGGAAAUUGGAUCAUGGGUUCCAAUUUCAUCCGCAUUUGCCUGAGGAAGUACACCCGAUUUUGCGUUACUCUGCUGUUUUACAGAGGAAUCAGCAGCAGCAACCUUCUUUGUUGGCGAGCGCCUCUACGUCGCCUUCAUCCUCGUCUGGAGUUAAUCUUCAGAUGGAGCCCCCUUCAAACCAAAGCUAUUGUAGCAACCCAACACCUCCGCCACGCGCCGAGGAAGAGAGGAUGGUUGGCAUGAAGCGCCCCUGGCCAUUUUCUCUUGACAAUCCACUGAGUGGCGUCGCCCCCUUCCAUUGCAAAUUGCCCCCUUCUGCUCCGAUCCACGACAGAUGGGAUGAGUCAUCAUGUGGUUGGCGUGAUCCAUGCGAUCCAAUCAAAUUCAGUUCGGGGAAUUCGAUUUUCAGAGAUGGUUCUUCUACCUCUUUUGGCCGUGAGAGCCCCACCAAGAACAUCAAAGAAAAUGGAUCAUUGGAUGGUGAAUUUCUAACGUUAGGUCCUCCUAUUUCCUCUCCAAACCUCAAAUCAAAGCAACCCAUUUCAAUUCCAGCUUCCCAUUAUGGCGGAUUCAACUUGAUAUCAUUACCAGGAAGUAAUGAAGACAUGUUUAUCCGAUCAGGCGUGCCGGUGCAACAACAAACAUUUUACAGUUUCUUGCCUGUGAAUCCGAAGGGGCAGACAAAAUCAUUAAAAGAGCGGAAAGGUGAAGGAUCGGAGAGCGUCGAUCUGAACCUGAAGCUUUGGUAACUGCAAUGGAAAUUACUGGCGAAUAUUACCAUCUUCCAAUUACACUGAACUAAAGAGGUAAAGAAAGAUUCAAUUGCUGAUUUCAGUGUGCUUUUUCUGCAGAUUCGUUCUGCGGAUUUGCUGGAUACCAUGACUUCAGGUUCUGACUCGAUCAUGUGAGUGAGGAGAGAUGUUAGGCAUAUGAGUGAAGGAGAUAUGUAGGAUUUUUGUUUUUAGUUUUUUCAACUGUUUUGGUUUCUUCUCACUUUUUGUUGGUUCAAUGAUUAGAGACAAUGUUGAUUGGAAACAAACCCAGCAUGGGAAGAUCAAUGUAUUUGUCUUCUCCGAAUUAUGUUGGGCCCACUUGUUUGGAUGUGUACCGUAAGAUUGGGCCCACUUGGUUGAUAAUGUGGUAGUGUAUAAUGAGAGAAUCUGCAUGACUUGGAUUUGGUACAGUGCAGCUUUGUAAGUGUAUAACGUGCAUUUAAGUGUAUUUAAGCAUUGAAAUUGAGUUUUAGAGCACCGAAACUGUAUUUAAAAACACA